AUGGUCUUCAAUGGGCUCCUCCGCUUCCGGAUCAUCCGCUCCAAACAGAUCAAGGAGAUCGCACUGAGCGGAGGACAUGAUGAAUCGCAAUUUGUCAAGAAACAAACCCUCCUCACCAUCAAACAGCUUCCACCAUGGUGCGACCCCAACCCGUUCAUCCUUUCAGGAUACCGUCCCGAGAGCCGAUCCUACUAUAGCUGCCUCGCCAGUUGGCUCUACUGCCACAACGAAACGGGAAACAUCUACUCGCAUCUGAUACCGGGCAUCCUGUUGCUUUCGUCCCAGGGCAUCCUGUACGAGUACAUCCGCACAAAGCAUGAGAACCUCUCCAACUUCGACUGGUCUAUCGUCUCGCUGCAGCUUCUCACGGCUUCAAUUUGCCUCCUGACAUCGACGACGUACCACACCCUGCUGAGCCACUCCGCAGCCGUCGCGCACCGUUGGCUUCAGCUCGACUAUAUCGGGAUUAUCGCGCUCAUUCUGGGCGACUUCAUCAGCGGACUGCAUUUCGGGUUCUAUUGUAACCCGCGGCUGAAAUACUUUUACUGGUCGCUUAUCCUGGCCUUCAGUUCCGCAACCGCAGUGGCCCUCCUCAGUCCGCGAUUCAGGGGCCCCGAGUGGCGCUCGUUCCGCCUGGGCAGCUUCAUCUGCACCGGUCUCUCGGCGUUUGCGCCAAUCGGCCAUGCGUGCGUGCUUUGGGGCGUGUCGUAUCUCUGGAAGAUAGGCGUGCAGUAUUACCUGCUCGAAGGACUGUUUCUGAUCAUCGGCUGCUACUUUUGGGAUAGGAGAGUUCCUGAGAGCCUGUACCCGGGGUCCUUCGAUCUCUGGGGCCACUCGCAUACGAUAUGGCAUGUCUUUGUGACCUUGUCCAUUGGGGCUCAUGUCAUGGGACUGCUGCAUGCCCUGGAGUACAGCUAUCGCCAGGCACAGUGUCGGUGA